ACUUGAUUGAAAUUUGAGAAACUAGUAAGAAAAAAGGAAUCAGCAACAAUCCGAAAUCCAAGGAAAAUAACAAAUGGGGGCGAUUAUUAAUAUUAAUUAUGACGAAGAUGGCACUGCUGCUCCUGCUGAUGAUGAUAAUGAUGAUGAUAAUGAUGAUGAUAAUGAUGAUGAUAAAUUGAUAAUGAGAAUGGUGAUGGUGAUGACGACGAUGAUGAUGAUGAUGAUGAUGAUGAUGAGGAGGAGGAGGAGGUAUAAUCAUAGAUGGAAGGAUGGUGAUGACAAGGAUGACGAGGAUGAGAAGGAUGAGAAGGAUGACAAGGAUGACAAGGAUGAUGAGAAUGGAGGAAUAAGAAGAGAAGGAAAGAAGAGGACGACGAGAUCAGGCCACGUGGAACGCUCGUGGGGGAGAAAGGAAGGAGAGAAGGAGAAGGAGAAGAAGGAGGAGGAGAAGGAGGAGGAGGAGGAGGAGGAGGAGAAGGAGGUGGAACAGGAGAAAUUACGGAGAGAAGGGAGGAGGGGGUCGUUAGAGGAAGGAGAGGAGGGAGGAGGAGGACGGGGGGGAGAAAGUAAGGAGAGGAGGAGGAGGAGGGGGUGGGAAAAGGAAGAAGAGGAGGGAGGAGGAGGAGGAGGAGGGGGUGGGAAAAGGAAGAAGAGGAGGGAGGAGGAGGAGGAGGAGGAGGAGAGCCGAUGGGUGGGUGGUGAUGACAAACACGCAUCGUUUGGUAAUGCGGAAGAGGGCGCAUUUGGUGGAGAGAGAAGGCUUUUCGAUCUGGCAGGAGGGCGGAAUGGCGUGGAAGUGGGUGAAGAGGGUGAGGAGGGGUAUCCAAAUGCGAACGGCCUCUUAAAUCCCGAUGCUGAAGUGAGGAAGUUGAACCUCCGUGGAAAGCAGGCUGAAAGGGGAGAGGACAGUGACAGACAGACAUACGGAACGACAUACGGAACGACAGACGGAACGGCAGACACAGGAAGUCGAAUGGAUGUAUUGGAGCGGAGGAUCAGGCCGCUUUACGAAGCGAUUGAUUCGCGUAACUAUAAGCAGGCGCUGAAAAUUGCGAAUGGCGUCAUGCAGAAGCAUGCGGACAGUCUACUCGUCAAAACUUUGAAGGCCCUGACUCUGGAGCGAAUGGGAAGGAUGGAAGAAGCUCUAGAGCUGUGCACAGAGGUCAAGGAUGCAGGGACAGAUGACGAGCAAGUGUUGAACACGGUUGCGGUCAUCUAUAGAGACCUUGGAAGAUUUGACGAAGCGACAAAGUGUUUCGAGUUAGCGGCAAGCAAGCACCCGAAGAACACAGACCUUAUGGUGGCUGUUUUCAAUGCGUAUGUUCGGGAGCACCGAUACGCAAAACAGCAGCAGGUGGCGAUGCGACUGUACAAGGCGCGGGGCGACGACAAGUUUCUGAUGUGGGCGGUGUGCAGCACGCAUCUGCAGGCGAAAGGUGAGAAGGGUACGAUGAGGAAGCAGCUCUUCCAGAUUGCCGAGGCGCUCCUACGAAAGCGCGCCAGCUUGUCGUCGACUCUCGACUACGAGUCGCUGCUGAUAUACGUUGACGUGUUGAACGAGUUAGGAAAGCACAGGGAAGCAGUCGAGCUGAUAGAUGGCCCCUUGGGAGAGGUCGUGCGGCUCGAAGUGGACAAGUUGCGCAUCAAGGGUGAGUUUCUGCGCCGGCUAGGCGACCAUCAAAGCGCAUCGGAGACGUACAAGGCACUGCUGGAGGCUAACUCCGAUGACUGGGUCGCAUGGCAGUGCUACUUGGAGGAGUUCCUUUGUCCCCCCCUGGCGGAGGAGAGAAGUGUGGGUGUGUUGAAAGCAUCGGCUGGACCGAACGGUUGCAGUAAAGAGGGAGUAGGCGAGGCCGCAACACCUAACGAUGCGGCCGCCGCAACACCUAACGACGCUGCCGCCGCAGCGGACAGCCAAGCCUGUCCUGCAAAGGAUGUUGCAGUUGCUGAGAAAGACGAAGCUUCUACCUACGCUGGAGAUGGAGAGUUGCCUCACGGAAGCGGUGACGGAUUCGUCGAAGGCACACAUGGCAGAUGGUUAGCAGCGAGGGAGUUUGUGCAAAAGCUGCAGAGGGAAGAAUCGGAAGACAUGAGGAGAGGGUCUUUCCUAGCAGAGCUUGAGCUGAUCAGAAGGUGGAUGGAUUAUAGGGAGAAGAGGUCGAUGGGGUCGAAUGGGACCUGCGGACGUGGCGGCGAGGACUCCUCCAUCCAGGAGUUGUUGGGGGGAUUGGAUGCGGCGAUCCUUGGGUACUUCGAGAGAUUCGGACACCUUGGCAGCUUUGCCAAGGAUGUUAAGCUCUACACGUCGUGUUUGCCGGGAUCUGUUAAAGGCGAGCUGAUUCGUGCUCUUCGCGAAGCAUGCAACAGAAUUGCGGAGGAGAAUCCGGUAAAGUCGCUGAGGCGGCAACUGAACGUAUUCCAUGUGGAGGAGCAGUUGGGGCUGGUUUUCGAAGAAACUGAUGCAGAGACCGUUCGCCGCGCCGCGAUGAUGUCCAAACUGUUUGCCGACACCUUACAUCUCUCUGAUGAUCUUGAUGCAAAAGAGAGAGGUUACAACGAAGAGCUCCUUUGCCUGUCCGUCAACUUGCUGAUCGUGAUGUUUAGGCGAACACGUGAUUUUGGCUAUCUGUUGGAAUCCCUGCUGUUGCUGGAACAGGGCCUCUCGGUCAGACGAUAUAACCAACAGUACGCUCUCAUGCUGCUGAGCUUGUACGGCAUUGUGGGUGCGCCUCAGCAGGCAGUGCCUUCGUAUUCGCUGAUGGAGGUGAAGCAUAUCAUGAACGACACCCUCUCUCAUCAUUGUGUACCUGGGUUACUAAGCUGUGGUCGCUGGAAGGAAGCGCGGCCCCUCUUUGAGGCAAUGGGGCGGUUGUAUCUGGAGCAUAGCAAGGACUCGGCCGAGCUCCUUCUCCUCGUUUUCCGACAUCAUACGUACUCGAAGAUCGAGGAGUUCAUAGAGUUCAAAGGUAGGCUGGAAAGGUCUCAUCAACGGCUGUCGAUGCAGAUAGAACAAGCAUUAAUUCAUCUAAAGACGCAAGCCGACGAUCCGGCUACGGCGCAAGCUGCGAUUGCCACCGCUGACAUCGAUCUCGGCCGAAGUCCGCUCGGGUGGUGCUCCGAAACACAGCUGCAGCAACUCUCUUUCAACGAAGAUUUGACGGCACGGCCAUGGUGGCACCCCUCCCCCGACGAAUGUCUCCUUGUUGAAGGAGACGGCACGUGGACGGAAGCGCGCUGGCAUGUGCCGGAGUCCGACGACCACCGGGUCAGACGCGAGCAAAGGUGGCGGUCCGCGGUCAAGAGGAGAUGCCUGAUCCCGCGAAUGGUCUGGUUGGCGCUAUCGGGAAGCUCAGAAGCUGGUGCCGACUCCGCCGGCACGGGAACCGGAAACAAGGGUUCCGAAUCGACGGCAGCAGCCCACGGACCUUCUGCUGCUUCUGUGGACAAUGCCAACGAGUUGAGGGAACAUGUCCUGGCGUACGCAAAAACAUUGGGGAUGUCCGAAGAAACUCUCGAAGUAGCGCUUGAGAACACUCUGUCGAAGGGAGGCACGGAGACGGAUGCCGUCACGACACCGGCAAGGGAGUUACUUUUCCUGGCCACAUUCGCUGCUGCCUCCGAUAUGCUGUUGCUUGUGAGUGAAGUGCAAGGUAAUGCCUUGUCAUGCAGCCAUGAAGAAAAGGGGACGAGCACGAGCUGCAGAAUACAGAGACGUAUGAGGGCGAUGACCUCCUUGCUCGACCAAGUAAUCGUGGAGGUAGUGGAUGAGUUGUUUGAAGGCUCCUCGGCGGAUCUCUGCAAUGUCUGUGACGGGUCGAAUGGCGAAGGGACAGUUGCGACUGUUGCGGCCUUUGUCAGGCCAGGUUAUGGUGUCACAAAGCUGACAGGUUUUGUCUGGGAGACACUGACGUGGAUUUCGCUAUGUGCGCAGUCGUGGCUCCGAUCUUUCCCAUCGCCGAAGCGUAAGAAGAAAGCAUCUGGACUGUCGGAAGGUGGGGCUGCAGCAGUACUCGCUGGAGUGAAGUCCUCGCUACAGCUCACGACAUCGGCGAUGACCUCGUCACUGAACAAGCUCGAAGGGAUCGUACAAUCCCACCUCGCGUUUCCCGAAGAAGACGAAGCCAAGCAUUUGCUGCAGUUGGCAAGUGGUGGCCACCGAGAUGGCGACUCUGACAGCGGAGCCCUCCGCUGUUUGCCCGGCGAAGCUCUUAAAGCCGUCGUAGGCAAGCUGAACACUGCAGAGAGAAUGAGGAAAGCACAGGCCAAGGAAGCUAGCUUUGUGAAUGAUAAGGGAGAUGAGAGGGUGGCAGUCGAGGACGAGAGACCGAUUGUGAAAGUGCUCGACCCAAAGCCGCUCACAGUGCUUCGGCGGAUGGUCAAGAGUCAGAGGGAGGUGUUGAUCGAUACCCACAACCAACUUUUGGCGAGAACCAAAGCGAUGAGGAAAUUGAAAUUCUGACUGAGGACAUCCGUUAAAAUUGGAAUAAUACAGAAGAAUCACAUGGCCCCUGUGCAAGGAUGACACACAUGAUCGAGAGAUGAUCACAACCAAAAACAAUCGGAUUCGUGUGCGUCCCACCGAAUACAGGGGGCUUGGCUAGAGUAAAAACUGGAACAGUAUGAGGUUGAUGAUGACAGUGAUUGGCAGAGCAGUCAGGUCAUAGACUCAGUGGCAGAUGAAUUUUAGGGGAGGAGCGGGCGAAUGGGGUUCCGUAGCAGUGGAGUAGGAGCGGGUAUGAUUAUAAUAAUGAACAGCAGAGAAUGUAGAGAAUGAGUUGAGGCUGUUGCAUGGCCUGGGGGGAGUGGCUGGAAAGUCGCCCAAUGAGGGAGAAGAAGGCUAUUGACUUGUUUCUGUAUGUGCUUGUCCACGCACAGAAGAGAGAGAGAGAGAGAGAGAGAGAGAGAGAGAGAGAGAGAGAGGGCGCAGAGUCCAGUUGCACCCUUGAGUGAAUAUACGUAUACAAAUACAUACGGUCACACACACACACACACAUGCGCGCACACACACACACACACACACACACACACACACACACAGAGAGAGAGAGAGAGAGAGAGAGAGAGAGAGAGAGAGAGAGAGAGAGCAGAAGUUUGGACUCUGAGGAUGCCUUCAGUGUAAUGAAUAACAAGAAGCUGA